CAAUUCCAUCCACUCAUAAUGGCACCCAAGAAUCAAUUUACACAUAGUUUCUCUCCCUUUCUCUCCAUUUAUUCUAUCCUCCCAAAGCCCUAAAACCCAAUGACUUGCAGACCCAAGCAAAAACAAGCACAGUUUCUACAUUUUCUCCCUCAAGUCUAAGAGUUGUGGUGAACUUCUAAUUCUUUACUUCCUAAGGCGUGGUGCCAGAAUAGUACAGAGUACAGCAGAUGUGGUUUUACACGAUCAAAACAUCCUCCCCUUCCCCACUCAUCAUAAAGUCUGAAUGUUCCAUCAGCUACUUUUUUUGAAAAAAAAACUCAUCUAACGCAUGCCCUGUGGCAGGUCCGCCAAUGCUGGGAUUCGGGUGGCAGGGUUAUUGGGAGAAGUUGUUCAAAGACUCUUGAAAUUGAGUGAAGAAGUUUUCCACUCAAAGUACCCACUGCCUAGAGGGGUGUUGGCAAUAGGACCUUCAAAGGGGAACUGUGUAGACUUUUGUGAAAGAAUUCUUUGGGAAUAUAGCAGGGAAUGAGGAGGGUUCAGCCCACAAUGGGCUGAAUGUCCUCCUCCUGAGUCACAAUGAAUCUAUACUUGAAAUGCUCAGCAAGUCAGGCAGUGUCAGUGGAGCAAGAAUCAAGGCAGUGACCUUUAAUCAGAACCGAGAAAAGUUCAUUCUUGAGCUGAGAUUCCCUACUUUUUUAUGCCAUGGACCAAAACCAUUACGUAAGGGUCCACAGAUCGCAGGCUGGGAAUCCUUGCUCUAAAGGAAAAGCAGAGAAAGGGGAAGUGGGGAAAAUAGGUUUGAGCGCUGGAGAGGUUAAAGGACUGUGACUAAAUUAAUAUUUUCCACUUUUUGCCACAGAUCAGUCAGAUGUUGGGGAAUGAAUUCAAGUUUGCUUUCCAUGAGCCUUUCGGCCUCAGGCACUGGCAAUUCAUCUCUGCACUCGCAUUCUCUGCCGUUGGCAUACUGGCCCUGGCAUUUCCCAGAACAGUGCAUGGCUGGCUUUUCCAGGAAGAGCACAGCCGAUCGUGCGCUGUGACCCUGAGGUUCCACGGUGGAGCAUUGCUCAGUAUCUCUCUGAUCCUCUGGAAUGCCGUAUACACAACUGAGAAGGCGAUUGUUCGAUGGGCCCUCCUGGCACAGACCUGUUACUUUGCUGCGGGGUUUCUGGUGGUGCUGAUUACAAGUGUGGAUCAAGACGCCAUUUCCCAGGGUGCAGCGGUCCUGCUCUCGGGCUUCGGGUUAUCCGGAAUCUUUUCACUUUUCUAUUAUGUACUAGUCGGACGAAAACCCAAGAAGAUCUGACGCGGCAGCAGGAAGUCUCAUUCCAUGACAAGAAUAAGACACCUCACCUUCUGCAAAUCUAAACUAACCACCCCACCCCAAGCCAUUGACAAGUCCUUUGGGUGGAGAUUUGGAUGUUGAAGAUCAGAAUGCUCAGAUUUGAACAGUCAAUUCCCAACUUCAAAGAGGGUGCCAUCUUGUGGCUGGAGAUGCCUGGCUUUAUGACAACACUUGGUCGUCAUCUGAAGCCCAGAGAUGGAACCAUACUGACCGCAGAACAAGUGGAGCCACAGCACUGGAAUUCUCCUUUUGCUCCCUCUGUCCCGGUGGAUGGGUGAGAAUUUCCAGAAUCCAGCAAGCUGCCCUGCUGGGGCACAGAGAGGGGAAAAUGGAAGGGGAAGUUCAGGGAAAGGGAAAGGGGAAGAAGAUGAGAAUGAGGGAGGCAAGAUAGUAAACUAAGAGGGGGAGUUGUGGAAAUUCAGGCACAGACGGAAAACUGGGGGAGGAAAGAGAAAGAAAGGGGGCAAACUGACAGGAAAGGGUACGGAAAAUAAAGGGAAAGGAGAGGAGAAACCACGGAAGGAGAAAAGGGAAACAUGAGAGAGAGGAAGAGGAAAUUCAAUUCCAUUGGUAGCCAACUGCAUCUCACUGGCUAAGCUGGAAAUGUUUAAACUGCAGUGACUUAAUUAUUCUAUUGAAAGCUUGAACUAAAAAUUAAAUGAUAUUUCAAGAAGUGGAUUCUGAUCUGUGGGAGAGGGCAGCACAGAUUAAGGAGUCGGGCAGAGGAUGGGAGGAGGAGUAGGCUUCAAUGAUCAAUGUAGCCCAGAUGUCUAAGAUGCAGAUUGACACCCCUCCCACCACACAACAACCCCACCCCCACCCCCACAACGGACUGAGA